UUUUUCUUGGCGCUAUCCAACUGAUUCACUGUUGGUGUAAAAGUUCAAAUGUUUCAGGCAAGCUCAAUCAUCGUAUCAAGAUACUAGCUGCAGUUCACAUUGUGAGUUAUUUUCGUCCAAAGAACCAUUACAGAUGAGUCUUCCAUAGUUUACCACUGCAAUAAAAAACUUUAAUCAUUUUUCCAAGAACCAAAAACAAGAAUGUAUCAGUCACAUCUAAUCGUCUUCAUAUUUCUAUUUCAAUCAACGAUGCGGUAUUGUGACUAUUUUCAUAUUUGCUGUAUAAUUUACUGAAAUGACCUCCGAGGCUUAUCAUCAGAUUUUCGUAAAAAAUAUCUAGAAUGUAAGUGAAUCGUUAUAUCGGUUAGUUGGGUUUGAAAAACUUUUUUUUUGAAGCCAUACUCAAAGAUGCAGUAACAAACGUCAACAUACCGUAAUGAAUAGUCAGUUCGUCAAAUAACCUCUGUCAGUGCAAAUAAGUCGGUACUGGAUAACAGCUGAUUUCAAACAUGAAGUACUAAAAUAGAUCUUGGGCACUGAGGAACGUCCAAUUGGUUUAUAUUAAAUUAAGAGUGCAAAUUAUAUUCGAAUUAAGAAACUCCCUUUCUAAGUGUAUUUAAUUUUAUUUGUCCAACUAACUGAUUAAAAGUCGUUUCACACACAAUUAACAGAAUUGAGAAAAUUGAGGAAAAAUUGUCACUUGAAUCAAAUAAGCAGACAGAAACUGAGCUUACUUUAAGGAAAUUAAUUGAUCAGGUUGAACUUAUGAAACUUGCUGCUUCCAAUUCGAUGCAAACUACAAAACCAAUAUCUGUGAAAAGACAAGGACAUCGGAAAACUUCAUUAACUACGUCCGGAGUCCCGUAUUUACAGAAUGCGGAUCAAAUAUUGAACCCAGGUGCCUUUACAUGCUCUGAUGAAUCGUCGUCUGGUAAUCUACCUAAUCUGUCGAAAAGUGAGAAAACACCCAAUGUAGUCUAUACUUAUAUUGAUAAUUACCUUAAAGCCUGUGUGUCAAGUGUUGAGAAGAAAUUGUUUGGCAAAUUAGACAUCUGCUUUAAUAAAAUCCAAUCACUUGAAGCACAUGCAAAUCAAAAUAAAACUGAAGAUGAUAAUAGACUGUCACAGCUCUUACUCUUAUUAGACGAAGAUUUAAUUCAUUUACAAACAAAACUAGAAAAUGAACCAAUAAAGUAUGGUGAAACAUCCAUUGUGAAGAAUGCGCAAGAACCUUUGGACUUCAGAACACUAGCUGAAUCUAUUCUGGUAGUGAAAAUCAGUCUGGAAUUGAAAAUUAACAAAUUGGAAAAACAGCUUAAUGUGGAACGUGAAAAGAUUCACACCGAAGUUGUUAAACUAAAAGAAAUUUGUGAUCGCUUCAAAACAAGAGGAAAUAUAUAAACUUAAAAGUUUGAUCAUUCAUUUGUCUGUGUUGUACCAAUUAAUAAAAG